UUGUGUCUUGUCUUUCAGGAUGCCAGAUGCCAAGGGCACGCCGGAGGCUGUGGCGCAGGCUGUCGACAAGCUGUGCCGCACGUUGAACGUGAGGGCCCCCUCACAGUCAGUCCUCUGCCCGGAUGCAUCCUCCCUGCUGUGGAUCCUCUCGCAGACGGAGAGCGCCCUGCAGUGGAGACAGCGGGAACUGCAGAAGGCGGAGCUUAGCGUGCGGCAGCUGGGCGAGGAGAAGGCCUUGCUGCAGAAGCGCGUGGACCAACUGCAGGACGACGAUGACCGCAAGCAUCAGCGGUGCCCGCCCGCCCUUGACGGACAGCAGGAGGCUGUGCCUCCCUCGCAGCGGCCGGAGGCGGAGCUUCGCACCAGGGAGGAGGAGCUGCAAAGAACAAAGGAGGCACUGCGGAGGAAGGAAGAGGAGGUGCUGAGCAAGGAGGCGGGGCUACACAAGCGAGACGGGGAGUUGCGUCAGGAAGAGGAGGAUCUACGGAAGAGAGAGGAGCAGCUGCAGAACAGAGCGGAGGAGGUGCACAACAGGGAGGAGGAGCUGCAGGGGAGGAAGGAGGAGGUGCAUAAAGCACAGCAGGAGCUACAGAAGAGAGAGGAGGAGCUGCGUGAGGGACGGCAAGCGCUACACGAAAGAGAGGAGGAGGUGCUAAGAAGGGAGCAGCAGCUGCUGGAGGAGCAGCAGAAGGUGCAGAAGAGCAAGGAGGAGGUGCAAACGGAGGAGGAGUCCCUGCAGAAGAGAGAGCAACAGUUGCAAAAGACAGGGGAGGAGUUGCAUGAGGGAGAGGAAGCGCUACACAAAAGAGAGGCGGAGGUGCUCAGAAGGGAGCGGGAGGUGCUGGAGGAACAGGAGAAGGUGCAGAAGAGCAAGGAGGAGGUGCAAAUGGGGGAGGAGGCUCUGCAGAAAAGAGAGCAACAGUUGCAAAAGACAGGGGAGGAGGUGCGUGAGGGAGAGGAAGCACUACACAAACGAGAGAAGGAAGUGCUCAAAGGGGAGCAGGAGCUCCAGCAGAAACGGGGGGAGUUGCAGAAGAGACGGGAGGAGGUGCAAAUGGGGGAGGAGGCUCUGCAGAAAAGAGAGCAACAGUUGCAAAAGACAGGGGAGGAGGUGCGUGAGGGAGAGGAAGCGCUACACAAACGAGAGAAGGAAGUGCUCAAAGGGGAGCAGGAGCUCCAGCAGAAACGGGGGGAGUUGCAGAAGAGACGGGAGGAGCUACAGACCAGAGAGGAAGAGGUGCAGACCAGAGAGCGGAAGGUGCAGAAGAGGCAGGAGGAGCUGCAGAAGAGAGAGGAGGAGGUGCAGAAGAGUUUUGACGCUGAGCUGCUGCAAAGGGAGGCCAUCAUCAGAGACGUGAAGGGGGCCCUGCAGAGAGAAGAGCUGGCCAGAGCCAGGGCAGAAGAAGAAGCGGCGGCCGUCAGAGACGCCCUCCUCAAGCGCUCCUCCCAGCACGCAUCGGUGCUCCAGGAGCUGAAGGAGGCGCAGCAGGAGCUGCAGCUGGCGGCCGAGGAGAUGGCCAGGAUAGAAGGCGUGCACGAACAGCAGCGCAGCGAGAGCGGGAGGCUGCGGGAGAUGCUGGAUGCUCUGCGGGCACAGCGGGAGCUCCACCAGCAGGACGCGCAGGAGCUCAGGAGCCGCUCGGCAUCCCUGCAGGAGCAACUGGAAGAGAAGCAGACGCAGAUGUCGCGCGCAAGUGUGGAGCAAAGCCACCUCAGCGCACACGUGCGCACACUGCAGGAGGGCAAGGAGGCACUGGCCGGCGAGCUCCGAUGUCUGCGGGAGGAGCUGCAGAGAGUCACCUCCCAAAAGGAGCGCCACCGGACGGAGAAAGAGGAGGCCUGGACACGAGAGAAGGAGCAGCUCGGGAAGGAGUUGCGAACAAAAGACGGGGAGGUGGAGAGGCUGAGGAGGCGCGUUGAGGGACUACUGAAGGAAAGGAAGGAGCGGGAGGAGCAUGUGGAGCAACUCAAGGAGGAGUUGGGACCAAAGAAUGAGGAGAUGGAGAACCAGAGGAGGAGGGUGGAAGGCCUGCAGGAGGAGAUCAAGGUGGCAUCCAAGGGGAAAAAAGCCCUGGUGGCCGAACAAGAAAGGAAGCAACUGGAGGAGGGCACCAUGGGAAUGGAGUUAGAGACGCUGAGGGGGCGCACGGAUGGCUUACUGAAAGAAUUGAAGGAGCGGGAGGAGCAUGAGGACCAACUGAGGAAGGACUUAGAAACAAAAGAUGCAGAGUUGGAGACCCAGAGGAGGCGCUCGGAUGAACUACUGCUGGAAUUGAAGGCACGGAAGGAGCAACUUGGCAAAGAGUUGAGAACAAAGGAUGAGGAGAUGAAGACCCUGAAGAGACACAUGGACGGCCUGCAGGAAGAAAUGAAGGGGCGGGAGGAGGCGACGUCCAAGGAGAGGAGAGCUCUGGUGGAAGAAGGAGAAAGGAAGCGAAUAAAGGAGGAAGCCAUGGGCAAGGAGUUAGAGACGCUGAGGAGGCGCGUGGAAGGACUACUCAAGGAACUGAAGGGGAGGGAACAGCAGGUGGAGCAACUCAGGGACAAGUUGGCCACAAAGGAUGGGCAGUUGGAGACCCUGAGGAGGCGGAUGGAAAGCCUGCUGCGGGAGAUGAGGGAGAAGGAGGAGGUGGCGUCCAAGGAGCAGAAAGCUCUGGCGGCAGAAGAAGAAAACAAACGACCGGAGGAGGGCGCAAGGGGAAAGGAGGCGCUGCGCUCUCGCAUCACGCUGCUGGAAAAGGAGAAGCGGGAAGUGGAGGAGCUUGAAGAGGAGCAGAAGAAAGAAGUCCGGGAGAAGGAGGAGCAGCUGCGGCAAGUUGAAGAGCGGCUGAGGUUGGCCGAGCUGCGCCAAGAGGAGCAAAGCGGGGAGCUUCAGGAGGCCGAAGGAAAGCUGAAGGAAAAAGAGGCCCGAGUGGAGGAGUUGGAGCUCCGGCUCGCAGAAUCGCAGCAGAGGAGCAACCGGGAGGAGGACCGGGACGCUGUCGAGCAGGAAUGGAGGGAAAAGGCUGCCAAGAUCAGCUGUGUCCUGAAGGAGCGCGAGGAGGAGGUGCGGAAACUGACGAGCGUGCUGCAAGAGCGUCAAGAGGAGGUGCAGAAUUUGAGGAGCAUGCAGGAGGCCCGAAAGGAGGAGGAGAAAGUCCAGGAGCCCCUGAGGAAGACAGACGAGGACAAUGUUUGCGGGGAGCAGACGCUGGAGGGAAAGGAGAAGGCGCGGCUCCUCCGAGCGGACAAAGACGAGGAGGAGGAGCGAGAACACAAUCUGCUGAGGACUGAAGAGGAGCUGGCAGCUCUCAGGGAGUCUCUGAGGAGGGAAGAGAGGCGGCGAGUGGAGGUGCAAGAGGAGCUGAGAGGAGCUCGGCGCAUGCUCCAGCAGAUGGCGCUUGACCUCACCGCCCUGCAGGAACAGGUGAGCGACAGCCACAGGAAGGCCAGGGAGGAGAAGGAGGCGCAGGAGGAGACCACGAGGUCGCUCCAAAGACUCGUGCGGGAGAGCCACGAGGAGGGUGAGCGUCUGAGGCGCGCCCUGCAGGAGCAGCAACAACAGGAGGAGGAUGCGGGCAAGACCGACCAAGCUGGAGGAGCCGAAGCCAAAACCCAGUGGCGGGAGAGGAGAGAGGCGGGAGAACGAGGGAGCUUGGAAGCAGAGAGGAAGAGUGGGCAAGAGAUUUGGAAGUCAGAUGAACAGAAGAGGAGCCAUGAGCAGCAGGAGGAGGAGGAGGAGGAACGCUCGCAGCCCAAGACGCUCCAGCAACAGGAGCAGAUGCCGGAGGAGGAGGUCAGGAGCAGGAAGAGGUCCGGGCUUAAGCUGGAGGCAGACGAGCAGUUGAGGAGCAGCGGCAGCCUGGGCAGCUCGCAGCAGGAGCUGACGAGGAGGCGGCACCGGCAAACGCGGGCUCAGGACAAGGAGCGUCCACGCUCGGCUCCGGAGGCAUGGCACCAGGAAGGGGACGGAGCUCAGCUGCUUCUGCUGCACAGUCUCCUGGCUUACCUGGAAAUCAAGCUGGAGCGCUCUCAGGGCAAGAAAGGCAAACUCAAACAGCACAACCGCAAACUCCAGGUGGAGAGAGACGCACUGGCACAGGCGAGCCGGCCGCACGGGUCAGCGGCGGCGGACGCCCACCGGAGGGCGCCCUGUGUCGGCAAGCUUCAUCGGGACCUGGGCCAAUCGUUGGCCACCGUCACGCUGCGGCCCAUUGUCGCGUCCGUCCUGCAGGCCGAGACGCAGCGAUUGGACCGCAGCCUGAGGGAGGAGGAGCUCCACCCAUCGGCAAAAUGCUGAUCAAUAAAAUUGGUCACGCACGCAUCUGUUCGGCUUCCAUUCCGACGUUAGGGCAUCCGAGUAGGCUUUGCAGCUCAGCUGGGGUUUCAACGUUCAACUUUGGGGGCCACGGCCCGCUCGAAAUGCGGCUUUGAAGCCGCAGGCCAGUCGAAUUGCAAAUGUUUGAGGCUUGCCGAGGAGGCUCGAGGCUUUCAAGCGCGGAGCCCCGAAGCGUCCGCACGCCGACAUUCCCGCCCUGACGGGAAAGAAACGCGCCUCGUUUGCUUGGCUUUCGGCAGCGAGCUGAGGAAGGAAGCC